GUUUCCCUUCCUAUACAAGAAGACACAAGGCACUGUCCCCUGGGCAUUGCCUUGCUGCUUUGACCUCAGUCAUCACUCACAAGGAUGCAGUUGGCUGUUGCUUCUUCCAGGCAACCCAGUGGCACCUCUGCGAGGUCUUCCCAGCCCCAGGAGGUGAUCAAGGAGUCCUUUUGGCCAAGACGAGGAGCAGGGCAUUUCUGUGUGAAUACUUAAGGUUUGCCUACGCAAAGUCAAGUGAGCCAGUCUUGUGGAGCUGUUUCUUUUCUACCUUAUUUCAGGAGGGCUUCAGGAAAAGGGUAGCUGUGGGCCUCCAGGCUUCCUUCCACUCCAUGCCAGGCUUCAAAGACACGGUGGCAGAAGGAAGAUUUUUCUUCAGCGUCUCCCACUGCCAUAGCUGCAAAGCAAGGCAAGACAGAACCUUCCCGCAAGGACCUGCUGAAGUUACUGCGAAGGCAGCAGUCAGUUUGCCCUGUGCUUGGAGUCACUCUGACCAUCUGUCCUGAUUUCACUUGGGAUCGAGUUAAUUUUCCUCCCAGUAGCUGGAACAGUGCUUGGGGUCUGGCAUCGGUCGCUGGGGAAAGGGAAGCUGGGAUUUAACCCUGUGAUGUCCUCCGAGCUCAGCCUGGGGAAACACAAGUGUUAGACAGCAGAAGCCCGGAGUCCGCUAUUCCAGUGUGCAGUGGAAUGCUGCACGGUGCGAGGAAGCAACGUCCUAGCUGCUGCUUGAGGUUACCGUGGGCCCACGUUUCUUGCAUCUCCUUGUCAAGUUUUCUCUCUUCCAAGGUGGACCCUGCUCAUCUCUCCCCAGCUGUUAUUUUUUUGUCAGGUGGUGUUUUUAGACCACUGAGUCUUACACCCCCUCCUCACAGCACACUGGAGAGGGGUUAUAACCCGUGUGAGUUAUCAGAAAGGUUUAUUGCAAUGAACUGGCUGAAUUGUUAUGUGAUAAAACAGAGUCCGCAUGCACAAAGGAGCCCAGAGGAACCGUUGCAGGGGAAGGAACCCAUGAGGGGACCCAGGUUGGAGCAGUUUGCUCCUGACAGAUGGACUCCAUGGGAAGAAGAGUCCCCACAGGACCAGCUCGGGAAGGAGGCAUCCCCUGGGAGGGACCCCACGUUGGAGGCGAUGAUGACGUGCUCUGCGCUGACCAUGGCAGGUGAUGAAGUGUUCUGCGCUAACCACAGCCCCAAUUCCCUGUUCCCUUGCGCUGCUCGGGGUGAAGAAGUGGAAGUGGGUGCUGGGGAAGUGGGGAGGGUGUUUUCAGUUUGCUUUUACUUUCACAUUGCUCCAUUCUGUUGCAAUGUUACCCUGAUCUCCCUAUGCUGAGUCUGUUUUGCCCAUAAUUAUGAUUGUUGAGUGAUGUUCCUCUUCUUAUCUCAACCCUUGAGCCCUUUUUCAUUGUAUUUUCUCCCCCUUCCCCUCUGAGGAGGAGUGAGAGAAAGGUUGUAGUGGCAUUUGGCUGCCUGGCGGUGUGAAACCACAGCACAAGAUGCGGAAGAGCUGUUCCCUUGACCUUACAGUAACAGCAAGAUUUUCUUGCUUAUGUCCUAGAGGUCUGACCUCAACUCGAGGACUGUGAGUGUUAGUCACAAGUAGCUCUGUCUUUGAGGAACUGGAAUUAACCUAUCUGGUUUCGAGCUUUAAAUGCAGAUUAAAAGAAAAAAAAAAGUUGUGCAAAUCUUGUUGUGCAGCUAUGGACUGGCACAGGAUGGGGUUGUGGGACUUUUGUGGGACUUAGAGCUGAUUUCUUAUCUCUUGUCCACCCUGAGAAAAAACAGAAGUUGCAGUGCAAGAAAACUUCUGUUUUUCAUUACUGCUGUUCUUGUUCUGUGUUUUUUUUUUUUUUUUAAAGUGUCAGAGGACUGGAGUUUGUGCUGAUACAAGCAACGCAACAGCUUGUUUUCUGCCAGCGAAUUAAUGAGUCAUACAGGGGAGAGAGCUCUAUUUCAAGGCAGCUCCUGCAAGCUGAGUUUACCCUUCCCUCAAAUGUCUGAUCCAGUAUGCGUGCACCAAGUGGUCCCACAGACAGGGAUUUCUGCUCUGAUCCCUGGAGGACAACAGGUGGAUGGGCUGUGGACAUUUGGACCUGUACCUGCAGCUUCAGCAUCACAGAGCCAAAGGAUGGUGGACCACACACGUGCACCAACACCAUAAUCAGUGGGCUCAGCGCAGUCUGGUCUGUGAAGAGCAAAGCCAUCAGGAUUAAGGAUACUUUCCUCCACGUCUCAGGCCUUCAAUUACCCUGAAUUUAAUGAAGCACAAUGACAGCAGCAUUCAUUUUUCUUGAAAAACCUUGUUCUGAGGUCACCAGGCUCAGUUCUCUUUACAAAUGCUUUUCAAGGCCUAGAUAUGUGUCAUUGAAACCUAGGUGGUUAAAAGAGGAAGGAAGAAUAGAACCCUAAAGCUCCUGUAAACAAGGCAGUGAUUGUUUCACUUCUGCAGGGAAGAUCCUGAGACCACCAUCGCAGCCGAGGUCACCUCGCUGGAGAUGAGUGCUCAGUACUAAUGACCCAGCACCGUAGGAAAUGGCAUAGGGACCUGUACUUGUGGCUACAGAGAAGAUAAGUGGAGGUGCAGUGGAUUUUGUCCUUCCUCAGCGGUGUUUUGAAAGGGUCUUCCUAAGCCAACAUUCACAGACUGGUUGAAGUUUGAAGGGUCCUCUGGAGGUCAUCUUGUCCACCCCCCUGCACGGAACAAGAGCAAAGGAUCUUGCUCCUCUUGCUCCUCUUGUCACCCAUCAUGAGGAAGAUGUCCAAGGCAGGAGACAAUAGAUAAAAGCCACCUUCUGUCCCCCAACUUAAGGUGUGGAUGAGAUAGACUAUGGUUCAUUGGGCAAAGAGAGUGCCCAAAGGACUGAGAGCACACAGGGAGAAAUGUCAUCUGAAAACAUGAUGACAACACACAGAGAAACACAGAAUUAGGGUGUAGUUCCCUCACGAUUCUCGGAUGUGGUUCGUGGCUUCCAUUUAUUUCUGCAGCACUUCCUCUUCCUGCCCUGUGAGCCCUGUGCUCAAGUCAGACCGAUGGAGAGAGCAGCAGGGAGCAACCAGACAGUGCAUCCUGCUUCCAGGCAGCCCGGCUCAGAGCCCUCAGCACCCCAUGGACCGCAGUGACAUGAUUGCCCCCCGCCUUGUGAUGUUCCUCACCACCGUGCAUCUCCUGCCCUGCCAGAUGGUCUCUGAGGAAGCCGCAGUCCCUGCCCCGACCCUCUGGGUGCUGCAGGGACAGAAGGAAUAUUUCUUUGGAGAUGCUGUCACGCUAGUGUGCACCACUCCCCUCAACAUCACUGGGAAGCUGACGUACCAAAUUUUUGGUGAGGCUGGCUGGGCAGUUUCAGGAUUUAGCUCGACGAAUAACUACACGUUUGAGUUCAUCCUCUCCCGGAUGCAACACAGGGGUCCACAUUUCUGCAGCUAUUCCCUCAAGCAAGGUCAGAAGCAACUCACAUCCCCAGCCAGUGAAAAACUGGUGAUCAAGAUUGGAGACCACCUUCCCCAGCCCCUGCUGAUGGUGGAGUCCCCGCUGGGAGAGGUGAUGGCAGGAGAUCUCCUGAGCAUCAUCUGUAAGGCCCCUGGAAUCGCCACUGUACGGAGGUUUCACUUCUACAGGGAUGGCCAAGAGGUCCUCCCUACGACAGAAGGCUCUGAGGACAAUGCAGCAGAUCAUGGGGGCAAUUUAAGGACUUCCAUGGUCCUCCAGUUCCCACGUGCUGGUCCCCAACAGAGUGGAAACUUUACCUGCAAGUAUGAGGAAAAAAAGCCUGAGAGGUGGAUCCCCUCCUUCACAAGCCAAGCCGUGUCUAUCAGUAUAAAUACCCAAAAGAAAGGGAAGAGCUGCUUCCUUCUUCUACGGCUCCUGGUUGUGGGUGGCUGCUUCCUCACCAUCAACAGCCUCAUCCUCCUCUUCUUCUGGGUCCGGGGGAGAACCAAAGGUACACCCUGAGCUGAGGGGGGAAUCACCCCACCUUCAGGCUCCCCACCACCCACCUUGCUCCUUCCCGCAGACGCCUCAUUCCAGUCUGGAGCCAGCCCUGCUGGGAUCUCCCAGCUGCACGCCAGAUCCCCACACACCCUUCAGGAGGAUAAUAAGUACGAGGAACACUAAUGAGAGGAAGAUGCUGUGGGCGAUUCCACCCCCUAAAGACUGCUCCCUGCUGAAGACACAUCCCAAAAGACCGGUGUGCAGCCAAACGAGUGCUCAGCUGUGGGAAAACAAAGCAAGAAUCGGUUCCUGGAAGGAUGAAAGAAGUAGAAAGGGGUCAUUUCACGUGGUAAAGGGGAGGGAGGAGACAUGGACGUUGUUGGGAAGGGUGAUUGUGAAAGAGAAAAUGAAGAAAGACCAGAAAUAAAAAUGGAAAUUGUGAG